CGGAAGGAGCGAAGGGGCUUUUGAGAGAGUGAGUGAGUUGUAGUGAGUGAGUGAGUGAGUGAGUGAGUUGUAGUCAGUGAGUGAGUGAGUUGUAGUCAGUGAGUGAGUGAGUGAGUGAGUGAGUCAAUCAGUCAGUCAGCGCCGCCAUGGCCGGGAUGCGGCGACAACUGAUUCAUAUUCCAGGGAGAGGGAGAGAGAGAUGAAGAGAUCCUAUUCUUCAUUUAUGGAUUCAUGGAUUUGCAUGGGCGGUAAUCUGCCCACCCGACCGACCGAGAGCUGCAUCUAUAUCGCAUCUCAUCUACUCUCAUCCUCUUCGUCGUCGUCCUCUUCUGGCGGCUCGUCCAUCGCAGCAGCUUCUCGGAGUACUUCGUGUGAAGUGCGGGAUCCGGGAUUUUGUCCACUUUUCCCUUAACCUUGCAAGCAAAGAAAGCAUAACUUACUGCCCAACUGCAUUUUAUGGCCAUGGCGACACACUCCCCGACCCUCACUGUCGCUGUGUUGACGACUCACGGAAUCACUAAAGCCCCAAUUGCAUGUCACGACGUGUUUGCUUGCACUCGCUGCUGCUGCUUCUCCUCAGUUUGUCCUCCCUGGGUUUUUGUGGGUUUCUGGGUUUCUUCAUGCCUGGGAGAUGAUGAUGUUGUUGUUGUUGCGUGGAUGGGAUUGUGUUGGGUGUUGAGACUUGCCGAGUUGCAUACUCUUUCUUUGCCUACCAUGGCUGAAGAGAGGGAGUGAUUGCGUUAUGGAGCAUUGGGUGGGUGGGUUGGUGAUGCGCCGUUGGGGGAGUGACGGCCACGCUGCGACGGUGAUGCCUGUGUGGUGAGGUUUUGGCAAUGAAGGACGUUCUCCCUCGUUGGCGUGUGGUUGAACGUGAAUACAUGUGCAGGAUCCAACUUCCCGACGUGCUAUUGGGAACUUGGGGGAUUUUGGCGCCUCGACUUAAAAUGUUACUGGUUCCAACUCAUAAGAUCUAAUGGUUGAUUGAAGGGCUCUCCAAGCAGAUAGUAGGGAGAGAUGAAGGAAUUAUACAACUGAGAAGGCUCGGUUAUCGCUCUUCUUGGGCUGGUCGUGAAAUGGAGGCAGACGUUGUGAGAAUUUGUCCAUUAUGAUCGAGCUGGAGAAGGAGUGGUCAUUUUUCUCAGAGGUAGACCCUUGUAGUCGCAGACGGAUUUGCAGAGAUUUCUCUUCCAAGCUGUCACAUGGCACUAUCUCUCACUUUCACACAGAAGUCGUGCAAUGCUAGGUCACUGAAGGAUCAGGAACAACGAGGUACGUAUAGAGCUAGUGGUGUCAAACACUGGAGCUCCGCAUAAAUGCAAGACUUCAGUAGGAAUUGGCACAUGCCCGAGCGUACUUCACCUACUUGAUCUUUUGUAGGGUUUCCUAGCACAUAUUCAGAUAACUUGUUUAUUCGUGAGUCAAAUUCUAGGUCGAAGCUGCCCGUUGCCCUACAUUAUGAUUCAUUGUUCAGCUGUGAGAAAAUCUCUUCCGAAGGUUUGUUUCUCUUUCAUGAGCAAGAUCUUACGAAUUCUGACCUUGUCUUAUCCUACGCGAUCGACUUGAGUGCUACUCAAAAUGAAGCUGCACGUGCACGUAUUAGAGGCUCGGAACCUAGCAGCUCGAGAUCAAAAUGGUCUGAGCGAUCCUUUUGUACGCCUGCAACUAGGCAACACAAAGACAAAAUCAGCUGUAAUUCUGAAGAAUCUGAAUCCGGUAUGGCACGAAGAGUUUUUUUUCAGCGUAGUAGGCUCUGAUGAGGAGCUGCUUGUCACGGUUUGGGACGAAGACCGGUUUUUAAAUGACUUCUUAGGUCAGGUAAAAAUUCCUGUUAGUGAGAUUUUGACAGCCGAGAAGCAAACCAUCACCAGAAAGUGGUAUACCCUCCAAAAGCGCAGUGAGAAAUCCAAAAUUCUAAUUACAGGUGAGAUAUUACUCAGUCUCUCUUUAUUCGGAAGGGAUUCAGCAACUGGCCGAAGACCUCAACGAUUUGUUUCAGAGGAAAGGCACUCAGUGUCUGAAGAUGGCACUUACACGCUUUCUCCAACAAGUUCCAUCGAUAUGAAUGACUGUUUGACGGAUACAUCUGGUCUUGUAGAUGUUCCCGGUUCUCCAAGCUUGAGGGCAACUUGGCCUGGGGCUGCUCAAUGGAACCAUGAUGAAGUCCUGUCAAAAGAGCAGAAUAAGGUUCCCAAGUCUUUAGCAGACAGGUUCACUGCCGUUUUCAAUAAGAAAUGCAAAACAGGGAUGGACGGGGCCUCAAAACAUGGUGUGGAAGGAUCAACCUCGUCUACUCCAAAAUUCAGUGACAGUGCUCAUGUAGAAAGUCCCGACAGAUUUCCAGAAGUUGCUGAAGACUGUAGCGACGAUGAGAUUGACACAUUGGCCUCAUCGUUUUUUGACGAUGAUGGCAAGAGUAUGGAGCCAUCUGUCGACGAUUUCCCUCCACCUUUGGCCAGUGGAGUGGUGUUGGAUCAAAGAUAUGGUACCAGUGCUAAAUCUUUGAGCGCGCUCAUUUGCAAGGCGGGUUCGCCAUUUAUUCAAGAAUUAUUGACUUGCCUGAAGACAACCGAGUACUCAGAGGAGCCUUGGAAGAGAGCUAACAAUGGCUGCAUUGAAAGGGUUGUCUCUUACAUGAAAGCAGCGACAAAAAUUAUCAAAGCUGUGAAAGCCAGUGAAUCGCAUACGUGCAGGAGGUUGGAUGACAGGGGUUUUAUUCUUGAUAUAAGCUGUUCUACUCCAGAUGUACCAUAUGGUAGCAACUUUAUGGUGAAGCUUCAGUUUUGCAUAUUGGCGGGACAAGAUCUACCGUCACAAGAAAAAACUUGUAGAUUGCAAGUAUCUUGGACACUCCAUUUUUUACACUCUACAAUGAUGAAGGGAAUGAUUGAGAAUGGUGCUCGCGCUGGUAUCAAGGAAACUUACGAACUAUACAGAGAGGUCUUAUCGAGGUAUGCCAAACCUAUUUAUGAGGGUCCACCAGGACGAGAGUUAGUGCCCGAAGCUAAGCGAGAAGAAGAAACUCCGCUGAGUGAUUGGGAGUUAGUAAAAGGCUACUUUGGAAAGUUACAUGUGCUGAUGGCUAUCUUAUCGUUGACCGCUGUGUUUUUGCACAUUGGCUUUGCAUCUCCUAAAGCGAGCGCUACUCUAAUACGAUGGGGCUUCGAUCUUCCCGAUUCGUUAUCGGAGUUUCUCUUUUCAGCCAUAGUAGUUUUGCAAGUUGAGAAGGUUGUUAAGAUGGUACACCAGUUUCUUCAAGCACGAUAUUGGCAAUCUGGAGAUCAUGGCGUCAAGGCUCAAGGCGAUGGUUGGCUAAUGACCGUGACCUUGAUUGAAGGAGAGAACUUAAGUCCUACCGAAGAAUGUAGUUUUUCCAAUCCUUAUGCUGUUUUUACUUGCAGUGGAAAGAGACGCACAAGCUCUGUGAAAUUAAGAACCCUUAACCCACGUUGGCGUGAAGUUUUUGAGUUCGAUGCUACUGAGGAUCCUCCAUCAACUAUGGAUGUUGAAGUCUUUGACUACGAUGGUCCAUUUUCUGAUGCUGAAUCACUUGGUCAUGCGGAGAUCAAUUUCUUGAAGCAGAGUCCCGAGGAUUUAGCUGAUUUUUGGAUCUCUUUAUCUGGCAAAUGUGCUCGGACACAUGGGUCAAGGUUACAUCUGCGAGUUUUUCUGACAAAUACCAAGCAGUCUGAUGCUCUACCUGAAUAUCUUGAGCGGGUUCAGAAGGAAGGGAUUAAGGUUGUGAAGCGCUCUGCCCAGAAGAAUGGGUCAUUUCAGAAGCUGUUUGCGCUUCCAGCUGAAGAGUUUCUUAUUAAUGACUUUGCCUGUGCAAUCAAGAAAAAAAUUCUCAUUCAGGGACGUCUGUUUCUGUCACCGAGGAUGUUGGGCUUUUACUCGAAUCUUUUUGGCAUUAAAACCAAAUUCCAGUUUAUAUGGGAAGAUAUCGAUGAUAUCGUGGAGACGCCUGUAGCCAUCAACCCCUGCAUAGUCAUGUUUUUGCGUAAGGGGCGAGGUCUUGAUGCCCGAAAUGGUAUGAGAGGCAUCGACGCGCACGGUCGUGCCAAGUUCUACUUUUGUUCAUUUGUCAAGCCUGUUACAGCUUUCAGAACAAUCACCGCUUUGUGGAAGAACAGGAAGUUGAGCUUAGAGCAGCAACUGGAACUUUGUGCUAAUGUUGAAGCUGAAGAUCAGACAUGCACAGAUUCUCAGAGGUCCGCAGAUGACGCAGACACAUUCACCGGGAUGGAGGAGGCUAACAUGGUUAAUGUUUGUGCCUUCGACAUUCCUCUAACGAUGGACAGUGCGAUGUCACUCUUUGAAAAAGGAAGAUUGGAAGAGGUCGUGGCAGAGAAAAUGGGUUACAUAAAUUUUGUCAGUACACCUUGGGAGCGUCUAGAGGGUCAAAAUAAUGUCCAACGCAGACAGGUCAGCUACCAUUUGAACAGACAAAUUAGCCAAUUCGGAAGUAAAGUUUCCUGCAUUCAGCAAAAGACAAUGCUUGACAACAUGAAGUUAUACAUACUUGACGAAGUCCUCACCCUUCAUGAUGUCCCCUUUGGUGACCACUUUCAGGUUCAAGUGAGGCGAGAUAUUGAAACCACUUCCAUAAACCCACCGAAGAGCUCUGUGAAAGCAUAUGUGGGAGUGUCUUGGCACAAGAAUACAGAGUUCAAGAAGAAGAUCACCAAAAACGUACAGGAUCACAUGGCAAAAGAAAUACGAGAGGCCAUGAACGUGAGCGUGAAAGAGGUCAAGGCUCUUGUGAAGGACAUGAGAAACUCAGCCAAUGGUUCAUGAGGUGGUUACAGGCUUCGACCAUUUCGAACAAGGUUACAGCUGAAGUGACCAGGAGGUGGACGUCGAGGUCUUGUAUUCCAUGCCCACUGCGGUAGAAGCUAAAACCAAACAUAUUGCUGAAUAGACAAUGUCAAGCUCCUCUCGCAGGAGCUUCUAUCUGCAGUAGUUGAUAGUGAACGACACCUGAAGGAGCUCAUCCAUGGACUGGUGAAGGCACAGAACAAUCAGGUCCUAUUGAUAACCCAGCUUUGCUUCUGCUCUUCAAAGCCAAACCAGACACAAAUCUCUACCACAGCUUGACCCAAAACUGGGCUGUGGGGGUUUAGCUGCAUAUUUUUUCACUUGAGAGGGGCAAGUCAUAAGACUUGGCUUUAGCGUUAAGCCUAUUGUAAGCCCUCGAAGCAAUCCAGGAGCUUGAAGCAUUGUUUACAGCACCUGAAAGAAAGAUUGAGAUUUUUGAUAUUACAAGAUUCUCAUUGUUACAUACGUUGGGGGGCUUGUUUGGUGUUAAUUUUUUUAAGUGAAGUUAUAGAGCUUAAGUUAAGACACCAUUCGUAUACAGCACAAUGUCUUCAAUCCUUUGAAACAUAACUUUGAGAUUUGUUUUCCUUCUC